AGAGCGAGCGAGCGCGCCCGGCGAAGGGGCCGGAGACGCGGCGGCGGCGGCGGCAAGAUGGCGGCCAAGUCGGAUGGCGGCGGCGGCGGCGUGGGCUUCGCCCAGCUGCACAACCUGGACGAGGCGGCGGCGGCGGCGGCGGCGGCGGGCGUCUGCGGCGGCGUCGGGGCAGCGGCGGCGGAGGGCGCGGAGGAGCCGGGCGGCAGCAGCUCCUUGCACAUCUGCCACUGCUGCAACACGUCGUCGUGCUACUGGGGCUGCCGGAGCGCCUGCCUGCGGAGCCUCUUCGGGCGGGCGGCCGCCGCCGCCGCCGCCGAGCCGCUGGCCCCGCGCCCCGCCGACGAGGGAGCGCCGCGGGCGCCGGAGGUCGGAGGGGCGGGCGAGCGGCCGUGGCUGGACUGCCUGUGGAUCGUGCUGGCGCUGCUGGUGCUGCUGGGGGACGUGGGCACGGACCUGUGGCUGGCGCUGCACCACUACGGGCGGCGGGACUACGUCUGGUGCGGCCUGACGCUGGCCUUCGUGCUGCUGCCCUCGGUGCUGGUGCAGAUCCUCAGCUUCCGCUGGUUCGUGCAGGACUACACGGGCGGAGGGCUGGGCGCCGUGCAGGGCCUCAGCAGCCGCGGGCCGCCCAUGAUGGGGGCCGCCGGGCGCCGGGGGGGACCCGGCGGGGUAGGAGGAGCCGCCGGCACCGCCACCCCCGGGGCGCAGCGCCUCUGCAGGAUCUCCGUCUGGGUCUGGCAGUCCGUCAUCCACCUGCUGCAGAUGGGACAGGUCUGGAGGUAUAUCCGAACUAUGUACCUGGGGAUCCAGAGCCAGAGGCGGAAGGAACACCAGCGGCGUUUCUACUGGGCUAUGAUGUACGAAUAUGCAGACGUAAAUAUGUUGCGCCUCCUGGAAACCUUCCUGGAGAGCGCUCCUCAACUGGUGCUACAGCUCUGCAUAAUGAUCCAAAAGAACCGUGCAGAAACAUUACCAUGUGUGUCCUCUGUGGCCUCCCUGAUGUCCCUGGCUUGGGUGCUAGCCUCCUAUCACAAGCUUCUUCGGGACUCUAGGGACGACAAGAAGAGUAUGAGCUACAGAGGGGCCCUCAUCCAUCUCUUCUGGCGCCUCUUCACCAUCUCAUCCCGAGUUAUUUCUUUUGCUCUCUUUGCUUCCAUCUUCCAGCUCUACUUUGGGAUCUUUGUAGUGGUCCAUUGGUGUGCCAUGGCUUUCUGGAUCAUCCAUGGUGGGACAGAUUUCUGCAUGUCUAAGUGGGAGGAGAUCCUCUUCAACAUGGUGGUAGGGAUUGUGUACAUUUUCUGCUGGUUUAAUGUCAAGGAAGGGCGGACUCGAUACAGAAUGUUUGCGUAUUACACGGUAGUCCUGACGGAGAACGCUGCCUUGACGCUCCUUUGGUAUUUUUACAGAGAUCCUGACACCACUGACUCAUAUGCCGUGCCAGCACUGUGUUGUGUCUUUCUUAGCUUUGCUGCUGGGAUAGCUUUGAUGCUGUUAUAUUAUGGUGUGCUGCAUCCCAUGGGGCCAAGAGCUAAGAUCUUUGCCAGCUCCUGUUGCGCCGAGCUGCUCUGGGGCAUUCCUUUGCCCCCCGAUGUUGAGCCCAUGGCACCCCAAACCCCUGGGUACCGGGGGGCCCAGGCUACGCCCACCAGAGCGGUCACGGAGCAACAGGAGGAACUCACAGCUGACACUUGCUUGCCCGUUUUCCAGGUGAGAGCAAUGGUACCAUCUACUCCAUCUGGGCGACCCUACCCCCCCGAGGGGCCUCUCAUUAAGAUUGACAUCCCAAGAAAGAGAUAUCCUGCAUGGGAUGCUCAUUUUGUAGACAGGAGGUUAAGAAGAACUAUCAACAUCCUCCAGUAUGUCACCCCCACAGCUGUAGGUAUUAGGUAUAGAGAUGGACCUCUCUUAUAUGAGUUGCUACAAUAUGAAUCUUCACUUUAAAGCUCCUUAAAGCAAAAGUAAAAGAGGGGACCUUAUUUUUGUUUACGGUAAACACAGAUCAUGAAACAAACACAAACCUUCAGAUAAGCUUUCUUUCUGGUUGCUGUAUGUAUAAAAAAAAAAAAAGAAAAAGAUAUUCUCUAUGUUUUGUAAGUAAAAACAAAAAGAAAAACUUUUCUUUUGUUUUUUACACACAAGAAACAGUAUUUCAACUUCCACACCUAGGAUUCACAGGUGGAGAAGGAGGCAUCUCCACAUCAGUUUUAUACCGUACACCAAGUGUAGAACAUUAUUUAUGGGAUUGGUGCUGAUUGAAAAAUAAAAAAACAAACAAACAAACCUACAACUGCCUUAUGCCCUUAGGUGCUGAGUUUCAUUAAGUACUGUCACCUUUCUCAUGCAAAACUCUUUGAUGAUUAUAUGCCAGGAAAAUAAUGAUAAUAAUAAUAAUAAUAAUAAUGAAAGAAUAUGUGACUGAAAUACAAACCUUAAAAUUAAUAAGAAAAAAAAAGAAAAAAAAGAAAAAAAAUAACAACAACAACAGAAAAAAAAGAGAGAAAUGUCUGGAAAUAUCUCAUUGCUCUCAUUGGAUUUUACUUAAGAAAAAAAAAAACAACAAAGAAAGCAAGGCCAAGACAACCCCAGUGGAGAUUGUUUUUGCUAACGGCUGAAAGACAAUGUCAGGUCUGCACCUCCAGUUGGUGGCACAUUUGUGACACUGUUUGGCCAAGCCCGUGCAACUUGCCCAAGUCGUGUUGUAAAUGUGGCCCAGCUGGGGAGCCACGUUCCUCCUGCAGGUGGCCCAUGCACCGUGGUCAGUUUGCAGCGGGGGAACAUGGCGACGCACAGCUGAUCUUGUCUUGAACAGCUGCACAUGCUGAUGCCCACUGGCUUCAGUGGAGUCAGUAACCACCACCAGAGCCCAGAAUGAGGCCGGCCACGUUGGUCUCUGGAAAAUAAAAAAAGAGAUCUCCAAUUGUGAAAUCUUAAACCAAAAACACUCUACUAAAGCAUAUCUACGCAUCUCUGAUAAUUUCAGUAAUAAUAAAACUCAGCAUAGUAGCAAAAAGCGAGUCAAUUUAAAGGCACAAUACUUGAUCAGUGACUGGCAAAAUAAUUUGACCUACUGUAUCAUUUUAAGGCUGUGAAAGGCAUACGUGUAUUAUUUGUAAUCUCGUGUUAAGACCUGUCACGUCUCAUUCAGUGCGAGCCUUAAAGUGAUUGUAAAGCAUCCUUUGUUUCAUUUGGGGCUUUUGGGGGUUUUGAUUUUUUUUCUUUUUUUGUUCUGUUUUUUGGGUUUUUUUGUGUUUUGUUUUUUUUUUUUUUAAGGAAAACAAAAUCUGAAAAUCGGGAUAAGCAAACGAACGAACGAACAACAACACAAACAAACAACAACAGGAAAGCAAACAAACAAACAGACAACAAACUUCUUCAAACGGUAAUAACCUGUAAACUGACUCAACGUCUUGAGAUGAUUCGGUGCUUUGUAUUUUUGUUGAUGUUGUUGUUGUGAUUUAGCUGAGAUUUCUUCGACUCGGUACGUGUGGGGAACUGCUGAUAGAACUGUCUCGUGUGUCACCCUCGACUGUAAGUACAUGGCAAGAAACAACACCGCAGGAAGCGCAAGAGCGUAGCGGGAGCAUCGUGGUGUAGCUUAGCCUUCCCACCGCAAGGAGAUUCUGCCGCCUCCGGUCAUGGCCAAGCAUAGACGGUCGCCUGCCAAGGGUCGCGUGGUUGCCUUGACAUUUCCCAGUAAGCCGCCCGCUGUCAGACCAUUUGCAUCUCUUGACUUCUGUUUCUGUGCUGGAAUCUCUGUUUCGAGUUGAAUCACGGGGUCGCGUCUACCCACCACCCUUUUCCUUUCGGAGAGUGUCACUCUUUUAAAGGAGUAUUCCCGUUUCAGGGCAUCUUUUCAAAUCCCACCGCCCCUCUGCCUGGGAGGGGGGAAGCAACAACAACAAGGAGGGUAUUUUUACGUGAAUACUGUAGUGCUUUCUGUGUGUGUUUGCAAUUUUUUAUUCCAGAAAUACUGUAACUGUAUAGGGUGCAGAACUCCCACGCUGACCUCUUCUGUAGAGAAAAUCAGCACUGGGGGGAUAGUUUUUAAUCACAAUUAUGAUUAUUAUUAUUUUUUUUUAAUUUGAAGAAUCAGUUGUGUUUUUUUUUUUUUAAUUAUAAUAGCAUUUAAAGAAACUAGUACAAAUUUUAUAUAACAGUUUAAAGAAGCUGAAUGCUUUCUUCGCCUGAAUAUACCUGAAGAGAAACACUUUUUUUCGAUCAGUGAUCCUUUUCAGUAUUCUUUUUUCUUCCAGUUGUGUCAUUUUCUUUGGUAAAGAAACUUCUAACUCGUGUCCAUCCCUUUUAAGGAGGGCAGGACUCAUUUGCGCCAAACGAGAGACACACGGCAGAGUUUGUACGAAGCCAAAUUGUCACUGGUACUGUAAUUCCCAGUCAAACUCCCAUUUCAGGCAAACGUUUCUGGGCUCUGAUUAGAACUGACGCAACGGCCACAUUUUCAUGCAAAGGGAGGUGUUUUGUCUUGUCAUCCCCUACCUAAAUUCCCGAUCCCUUGUUUAUUGUACACGCAUAUAUAUGUAUAUACACUUAUAUGCAUUUGUGGAGAGCUUCCAUUUCCUUUCUCCAUUGCCCGUAUCCCAUAGUCAGUCCCCCUCAAGCGUCCUACUAACAUGUCACCGUGUUCCUUCCCUAAUCGGUUUGUGGUCUCCAUCAAAAGAGGUGAUUUGUGAAGUGAACCUACCAUCCUCUGGGCAAUUUUGCACUGCUGUCAUUAAAAGACACAGGUGCUAAACCCCUGACAAUGACCCUGAGUUUCUCCUCUCAAGACUUCACUUGUUUCUUUUUCUGCAAGGACUCACCCUUAAUACCAGUGUAGAUACACUUUAAUAUGCUUCUCCAAGCCUCUCGCCCUGGUUAGAGACUCUCUUUAGUCCUUCCACAAAGAGCUCUCAUCUACACAUCCAACUUUUCAUUGGCGCAAGCAUGAGAAAGGAAUGGAUGGGUGAACAGCUCCACUCUUCCUCACGGACACAUCUUCCAGGAGACAGCACCCUCAUUUCCAAAAGCACCAAGAGAAGGUUGCACGUCAAGCGCAUCAAACUUUAGGUCUGAUUUCUAGAUGUGAACACAUCUGACGGAACAGCUGGACCCUGCCAACUUGGCAUCAAGACAGUGAGAUGAGCCAUUGUGCCAUGGUACGCUCACUGGGAGUCAAAGAGGAGACCCUUCGGUGCUGCCUGACCUCGGGAGCACCUGCAGCCUGCCUUCCCUCAGGAACGAGACCCUCACUCCAGACCACCACACCGACAGCCGUCCUCUCUGUCUCACUGCAAGAGCAGAGGGGCAAACUACUCCAGAAGUGACCUUACUUCUCAAUACAGUGCUAACUUCUCACAACCAAACCAGCUUGACUAAGGGCUUGACUCAUUCCUGCUCCAAAGUCCUCCUUCUUCGGGUCUCGUAGUAUAGAUAACAACAAAAGCAGGUGCUUCCGCUGCGUGUUAAGACUGUUACAUUAUCCUUAGCCACAUAAACUUUCUGCCUCUGCUUUGAGUCCUUGCUUUGAGUGAUAUCCACUGGCAUCUUGAUUUAGCAAAAGAUUUCCAGUGAGAGCCUAUCCCAAACCUGGAGAACUAUUUCCCUUUGAAAGACUUCAUUGCAGCCUUAAAGUGCUCUCCCACUACACCCAACGGACAGCUUGGGGUGGUGACCAUCUCCUCUAGGGACCGUCUUUAAUCAUGUUGCCAAACAGCACCUUUUGCCAAGCAUGGGGAGCAAAACUGCCCCCAUCUCUUUGUUCACAGUAAUCCCAAAAGUGAGAAUUUUGUCCUCUUUUUUUUUUUUUUUUUGCCCAGGCUCCCUUUGGUUUUUGGAGUGCACCCCACAGGAUGCUUUGGUUGCACUUGUUUUUUAACUCCCCGGUAGGUCAGUUAUGCCGUGUCCCAGCUUCUUGCCAGAAGAUACUGCUUGAAGGGUUUUCUGAAGUGGAGAAGUCUGAGCCUGUAAUUAUUCACACCACAAGCUGCAUGGACAACUUCUCUGCCAUGUUUGUGCUGCUGAAUUCACUCUGGGACCAUAGAAAUGAGCCAAGCACACCAUGCCAGGGCAAAGCCAGGACUUCACCAUCCCCACUGUGGAAUUCAGCCCCUCUCUGGCAUGGUUUUCAUCCACUCCAGCAAGCCGAGGCUUGGGCACAGCUUGCACAGUCACUGAUACUGGCCAAAGACCAUCCCGAGUUGGCAGUGUGGAUGUGGCUAUGCUGUAUUGAGAUGAAAGAGUUUAGUAGUAUGGAUGUGGCCAGCACGGUUGUCUUUGAGGCCAGAAUGGAUCCUGGCAGUGUUUACUGUGCUAAUAAAGAUGUAUCUGUAUGCCACACAGCAGGAUUUGGGAUUCUGUGGAGUACAUCAGCUCUGGCCUGGCAUACUUCUGUUGUCUGCCCAGUUCGAUGGACAAAAUAUUUCUUAGUUCACUCUGGUUCUUUUUGCUGAGCUUAUUUUGCAAGCAGUGUCACUUACACUGGGCUAAUGUCAAUGCGUCCAUCUCUCCAUCCAUCUCAGAUGUCUGGCGCGCUCACUGUGGCAGUCUUACACAUCUGCAGGCAGUUGAUUUGGAGACUUGAGUGAUUCACACCAGACCAAGUCAGCAAUGGGCAUACAGGAGUUACAAGGUCCUUGUCCAUACCCUCGUGAUGCUGUGCCACCCACACAAGGAGUUUCUUACCCAAAGUACAUCUAGUUUGGACUGCAGAAGAGGAGCUGGUGUUCUGCAAUUGCCAGUGGAAAGUGCAAGCGAGCCGCCAAUUUCAAGAGUAAAUGUAUAUUUUGCAGUGUACUGGAUGGGAGCUAAAUGUCCACUUCAUCCUAUCCAUCUCUGCACCUGCCAAAAACUCAGUAGCCAUUUGCCUGUAUUUUCAUUUAGAGCUGACUAGAUUCAAUGGGACAAAAUGAAUUUCAGGCUUUAGUCAGUGUUCUGCUAAAACCCGUCUGGUGGUGCUGAUAGGAAGGUGUUGCUAUUGACUUUCAGAGAGCAAGAGACCCUUGCUCUUCAGCUGUAUUUUCCCAUACACAAGAUUCACUUCACAAUGUAUCCCUGCUCCUCAUCCCCACACAGAAUUGCAUGACCCGAGUCACCCACACCCCACAGCAUCACCAAACCUCCUGAAGAAAAUGUGGUCUGAGGUCCACCCAGCACGAUUUCAUUGAAGCUCAGAGGUGCUUUGAAAAGGAAAACUUACUACUGUGCAUUUGCAAAACCUUUUAGUGCCUGCUUGCUGGGCAGCUUGGGCAAGAGAUCAUUUGGAAGCUGCCAGAAUCAGUAAAAAACUGUAGGGACAGGCUUUUCUAGGAUCUUCUGUUACUGGGUUAGCUUCCGUCUGGAUUCUGUUCAGCUCCAAUGUGGUCACGCAAAGUAAAACAAACAACAAAACCCACACAAAAUAAGGUCUAUGCCAAUCCCCACAGAAGCCAAGGCUAGCUGGUAGGGACGACGUGAACUCAGUUGCUCACCCUUUGCUUGCUGCAGCUUGCAUGCUGUUACUUUGGCAGUUGUCUGCAGCCCUGGGCUUUGGGGAUGGUCGAUGCCCAGGGCUGUGAUUGCUGUUUUCAUUUUUCCUUGGAGCUCAGGUGUAUUCUGGUGCAGAGAAUCUCAGCCUGGUUUGAAUGGGAAGAUUGGAGGCUAUCCCAAAUAGACGUGGGCAAACCUUUCACUGUGUGCAGAGUGCAUUUCCAGACCUUUGGGUACCGCUUAUUUCUCCAUGAGCGCGUUCAGAAUCGCUUCCUUGUGUUUGAACCUGGAAAUAGCAGUGUGGUGGCUCUUUUCUGCUGCGGUGUGAUGUGGGGAAAGGGAGGACCCUUCUUUCUGAGCUGGAGAUUGCCUGUGUUCAACCCUUGUUCCUUACUUGAAGCUCAGGCUGUAGGAUAAUGAGAAAAAUGAGAAAGUGUGUUGAAAGAUAGCUGCAUAUGUCCCACUGGCUCUUCACUACCAAGGAGGGAGGCAAUCAGUGACAAUUAAAUCUGCAAAAUCUGAAAUGAACCUGCCAGUCUAGUUGUUGGCAGCCCUGCCCACGGCCAUGGGGCUGGAACUCGGUGAUCUUUAAGGUCCCCUCCAACCUAUGCUGCUCUGCGGUUCUAUGGAAACAAUCUGGACUUAAAUAUAAAUUCGGAUGUACACACAACCCCAUCGGAAUGAGCGAUGUUGGUAAAAUAAUGCAAUAUUUUCUUUCCUGUUGUAUAUUUUAAAAGAUGCAAACAAAAAUCCCCAAGCCACGGCAACAAGAAAGCACCGCGAGCAGACAGAAAUAAUUUGAGUGCACAGACUUCCCUCUCUCCCUCUUUGGGACAUGUGCAGCAAGGGAACUGUUGGGAAACCUGUUACGUGCGGAGUUACUCGUGUUUGGAUUUGUGAACAGCUGUGUUGGUCAGAUGGUUUUUUCCAGCAAGUGUAGCAACGGGCCGUGGUCGAAAGCUCAUUGCAGGUUUCAGGGUGAUGGGACUCCUGGGUUUCAGCCCCAGCUCUGCCACGACGUCGCUGUGUAACCUUGGGCAAGUGAUUUAACCUUUCUGUGCCUACAGUUUACCCAUCUGUAUACAUGGGUAUAAUAAUAUUUACCUACCUCACAGGGGUGUUGUGAGGCUUAAGCAAAUGCGUGCGGGAGGUGCUGGAAUCGCGCCAUAACGUUGUCGUUCUCCUGGGUUUGUGCUGUUACCAGGAAGGAGCAGUGAAGGGGUUGGUUACACCACACGGAAGGAGAUCCUGCCAGUCCAUGUGCGUGUCGAGAAAGUGAUCUUAAGUCUUUUCUCUCCCCAAAAGCAAGGAAUGGAGAAAACGGUUGUGUGCCAACUCAAUAGCCUUGCUUUCCCAGUCCAAGAUAAUAGCGCUGUUUGCAAUAUUGUUUUCUUACGCAGCAGGUGACCUUUCCCUUUUCCUUUCUGUUUCUGGAAACUUGAAACUAAAGAUCACAAAAGUAUUUCUGAACCGAACAGAUUACUGAUGAAUACUUGAAUUUCUUUAAAAGAUGCUCUCAUCAGCCACGGUUAAUGUGCACUAAUCUUUCAGUCAUCAGCAUCCAUCUGAAUACAGUGAAAAAUUUGCUCACGCUGUUUUGGAAUAGCCUGGACCUUGGUUGGGAGGCUGGUAUUCUGUUUGAGUCUUGUAGGCAUGGGAAACUGGAGUCUCAACUGAAAAACGUGAACAAUCUGUUAUUCUUUUUGCUUUUGCCUUUGGGUUUCUUGGCUGCCCAGGGACAGCACGAUAACUGCAGUUCACUUGGUCGUAUGGUAGCUUUUUUCACUGUUUCUUUCCACCGUGUGUGAAGGUGGGUUGUGCAAGGGGAAACCAGAGUCAGUGCUGCUCAUGUGCUUCUCUUCUCCAAGUACCUGCUUCCCCGCCAAAAACACAUCCAGAGAGACCAGACCAGGGCUGCCUUCACACCCAUCCCCAACCAAAGCUCCCCUCACCACCAGUGGGAGCUUUGGCUGUCGAUGAUGUGUCCUUCAAGGUGGAUUCAUCCCUGGUUUAACCCCAGAAUGCUCAGUGAAACCCACAGUGAUUCUCUCUAGACAAGGGGAGGGGUUUUUUCUGUUAUUUUACUAUUUUUUUUUUUAUUGUUUGAGUGUCCUGACCAUCCUGUAAUGUCUCUUUUUGCAAAUUCAGUGUGAGGCAAGACUGCCUGCUCCCUUCCAGCAGCGCUUUGUGAAGCCUGCUCACGCACUCCUUACUCGGGCAGAGCUCCUGGGUUUUGCUGUGGGAUCUUCCUUCCUCUCCUGAGUAAGGACUGAAAUCUGGGCAGCGUUUCAGCAAGCCGUCAUCUUCACUAACCCGAGGUUCGCCUUGCAUGAAACCAGAACAAAGCUGGGAAACCCUCCUCCACCUCCGCCUUAGUCUGCCGCGUCCCUCGCGUCCCAUCCCUGUUCCUGUGUGCCACCAUAGGGAGGUCGGUCGGAUCUUCUGGUUGCAUGGCCCAGUCUUUUCCACAUCACCAACCAUGUAGCAGCAGAUCCUCCCCCUAGGGUAGAGCACAUUCAAAAGCUCUCUUCUUGCAGAUGAGCCUCUUCCCAUGAGCAUCAGCUCUGGGGCUGCUCCUUCCCCCUUCGCCUCCUCCACCAUUUAUUUUCCCUGUUUGAAGCACUCAGCUCAGUGCUUCUGGGUUUUCUUUUUACUGCUUCUCUUCCAAAAAAAAAAAAAAAAACAACAAAAAAAAAGUUUGAAGCUGGAAAAAAACCAACACAGCAAUGUAACUCCUUCGGUGCUAUGCUAACUGCUUUGUUCUACCCAACCAAGUGCUGGCCAACGUACAGAUUGUCCCUCUUUGUCCUAAGAAGCACCACACAUCUGUGUCUUGAACAGGGAUGAACUGAGAGGGAUGAGAGAGGGCGAGUGCUGUUCGGAAAGCAAUGGAAGUCUUAUGUGUAUCUAGUAGAAAAAAAAAAGAAAAAACUAAAAAAAAGAUGUAAAUGCAGACUGCUUUCGUAGCUAAUUGUCAACCAACUUGUGGAACUAAGUAGGAUAUAGCCUAUAAGAUAUUGAGGGCAUUAUAUAUAUAUAUAUAUAUAUAUAUACACACACAUAUAUAAGAUAUGAUGAAAAGUUUACUUUUAUCAAUAAAUCACCCUUUAAUUUUCCUGAAAAUGCACUAUUCAAUAGUAAACAUAUCUGCCCGUGUUUGCAGACAGCUGAUUUGCUUCGAGCCACUCCAGCAGCAAUGGCUUUUCCAACUGCAGAGGUCAACAAGCAGGUGUUAGGUCUGAUUCGAAGUGGAUGGCUCAGAGUUUUGGGGAUUAAAGGGACUAGUCAUCGUGUAUGCCUGCCUCUAUAUACGCAGUGGAGAUAUAGACAAGCAUACAUGCCAUGUUACUGCAACAGUAUAUAUGUUUUAAUAUAUAUAUAUGAAUACAUUGUGAAUUCCUAAGGGCUUUUUAAGAUGAGGAAGGCAGUUUCUGGUGUGAGCUGCAAAGAAUUUGGGGAUUGAAGGUAGGGCUGUAAUAAGUAUUCCUAGCAUGUUAUUUUUUAAAGUCAAAAUAGGGAUAAACAGUCGUCAGAAGCUUAAGGUCCUUCUGGAGAAAUGCUGUACCACCUGAUUUUCCUUUCUUUAAGAAAGAUGGAAGCCAAAAUCAGACCAAAAGUUAGGGCCACACGCAGUGUCAGUAUAAAUCAGUAAAGCUCCACUGAUGUCCUCACAUUCCACGUCUCAAUAACAAUCUGGUGCCAGGGGAACCUAAACUGAGCAUUAUGGCCCCACUGGGCUUUCCUGAACCAGUGAUAAGAGACUUCCUGUUGUUGCUGAAACUCAGUCAAAAUCUUGGACAAAACCAAGUGUCUCUUUCCAAGCAGAGCCAUGUGAAUUUGGCAAACCCCUGACCCACACAGGGGCUUUCUCUGCCACCCAUACCAGUGAGAACAGCCCUGCUUACAGGGGCAGCACAGUGGGUUCUUCUUUUUGGGGACUGGACCCCAAAUCUAAUUUCAAGCCCUAUGGAUCUGAAUGCCAGCUGGUACCCGAAGGGAAUGAGAAUUGUUUUCUCUCCAGAUGUCAUUCCCGUCCAUCAAUCACAAGAACAAGGAGCUCAGAUUUUCCUAUUUUUGCCAAUAAAACCUGCUGCCAGUCCCAGAGUCCCCUCCCUCAAACCCAGCUACCACCACCUGCAUGUCUCCCCUUUCUUCCACCUUAAAAACAAAUGCUAUUCUUUCCCAAGUAGCAAAGAUCCAGGACAAAUGCCAGAUGAUUACACCUGCAAUCUGUUUGCUUUAGGAUUUUAUUUCAGUUUCAGAGGGCAUAUGAGUACACACAGAGACACAUGCCUGCAGAAAUUGCAGUAACCUGAAGUUGAGGCCACUUGACUUCAAUGGACUUGCUCUGAGCUGACACUGCUAAAAGAGAAACCACACACCAAGUGUUCCCCAGGCUCCCCCCAAAUUACUAACAGUUUCAUGCUGUUCCCAUAUAAUUUGUUUCUGUUUUUGUUUUUCAACAAAUACUGAAAACUGGUUAACAGCCAGUAAAUUUACGAUGGAUAAGUAGUAGGAAAAGUGUACUGGUUCUCACUUAUCCAUAGACCUCUUAGCACUACUCCAGCAAUUAAACAAGCCUUAAAUUGGAUGUGAUUGCUGCCAUUUGGAGGAGAGCUGUGAUCUAAAAAGGUAUCACAGCCAAAUCCGUUGGCCCUUUCUUCUCUACGUAGGGAGAGUGAGGAGGAAGAGAUUUUACAUCAAAUGUCGAAGUUUGCCAUUAGCUACAAAGUGUGCCCUUUAUCAGGAAAAAACAACAAUGGUUUUGUCUGGUGGUUCCACUCUGCAAACUCUUACCAUUCCAGCCUUUUGUUCCAGUGGGAAUGGGAAGUAGUUUCAAAAGCGUUUAAAUACUCAGGGAAGGACUAUUUCAAAUCUAGGUUUGGUCACUUCCAUUUGCAUCACUGGGCCAAGUUCAGAUCAUUCCGGUCAUUUCCCAUGGUGUGAAACCAGAGUGAGACAACAGCAGGGGUGGGACCCAUACAUGGUAUCCCAAUGGUAACCCAGUACGUGCAAUGUACUCCCAAUGGUGAUGUAGAUGGAGACCUGGUAUACCAUGUCCCAUCAUGCAGAAGGAUCUCCACCACGUCCCAGCCCCAGGAGCUGUUUCUCUAACAAUAAAAGUUUCACAGAUAGGCUAGAUUAUUUAUUUAUUUAUUUAUUUAUUUAUUUAUCUAUUUAUUCAUGAUUGCGAGGAAAUAUCAUCUCUUUAGCAUGUAUAUUUUUGGAUGGACUGUUGUAUAUAGAAAGUAAAAUCACAGUGCCUGAAGAUGUACGUUCUCUUUCCAUCUCUGCUGUGUGCUGUUGGAUAGGCAAACCAAGCUGUUAGGAAUGCCUCUGCUACCAAAUGCAACCUGCCCUGCCUAAACUCCCUGGUACCAUUGGCUUGUGUUCCUGGGGAGGUGAUAAGGGAAUAGUUGAUCUGUUGUCUGGAACCCAUCACCAACCCCAUCUCCAGCCCUGCAUCCAUGCUGUUCUUUCCCAAGGCACUGCAGCAUGGCUUUAAAGAUUCCUUUGUGCCCUACAGAAGUGUUGGGAAGACAAGAGUAGUGAAACACUUCUUGCAAAGCUCUUGAGCACCUUCUGAUUGAAUGGAAUUCUCUAAGUUGAUGGCAUCUUCUAAAAUCAGCUUUCAUCCAAGAGGGACUUCUGAUUAGUGAAUUUUGAUAGUACUGGAAAGUUGGCACAGCCGUAGGGAAUAGCACAAUUUAAAUGCUAAUAUUUCAGAAGUGUCACUUUUUCCAUAAAUAUUGAAAUUUGACCAAUCAUUGCUAGACCUCUUUGUUAACACUGAAAACCCAGAAAACAUUCUUGCACUGGAUUCCUCAGAAAAACCUGAUUCACUGAGCACAAAUUCCAAAAUCACCCCAAAAUGGUAAAGAGAAGCUGCUAAAGCAGGACACUUAUGUUCUUCCAAUGCACCUGCAAUGUGCUGUACCGUAACCAAUGAAUACUGCCCAUCCGCCUUGCAGUACGUGCAUUGGGACCCCAGCCAGGCUCAGUACCCCGUUGUGCUGAGCACUUUACCAAAACACAGAGGGACAUGGACUUGCCCCAGAAGAGCUUUUAGUUCCACUGUAGUUGUUUUUGUGACCUUGGACAAGUCGUAGAACUGCUCUCUGCCUCAGUUUGCCCAUCUCUAAAAUGGGAGUUAUGAAGCCUACCUCGCAAGGAUGAUGUGAGGAGUAUGUCAGUGACAGCAAAGUGCUUUAACAUCAGAAGUACUGUAGGACUGUAGCAUUCAUGGGCAAAGCAGGUGAAAGCAGUGUAGCAUGUCUCCUGGUCCCUGUCUUCACGCAGCCUGGUAGACACUGGUCUGAUUUGGCUGUUUCAAGAAGGACUAGCAAAAGCCAGACGAGAUGCCGUGCUAAGCUUAGGGUUAACACUUUCCUCCAUCCUUCAAAACGCUUCACUCUCCCAUAGGAAAACAGCCAUGGAAGUCAGUUGAGGAGCCAGGGAUUUCCUACAAUCAUCUUUGGGCAGGGAGUUAGAGAAAGCAGAGGUGGAAAGAGCACAUGGGUCAUCAGGUGCAUUCCCAAGAAUGCCUGUGCUGUGGGCAUCCUGUAUCUUACGCUCUCACCCUGAAUCCUGUCUGCAUGGAAAUAUUCCAAAGAAGGGCCUUGCUUACCCUAGACCCUCCUGAUCAGGCACAUUAAAUAGAACUUAUGGCCUAAGAUUUCCUAGUAAGAAGUCUAUUUUUUUGCGAACUAAGCUUGAAACUCAGUCUUGCCCAUGCCUUGAAUCUUGCCUUAUUAACCGAACUCAGUGCAUUCUGGACCCAGGUCAUCCAUCUGAAGUCAUUCUUCCAGUGCCGCUCUGAUCCUGUGGGGCUUAUGUCUGUCAUCAUGUUAGGAGCAAGGAUCUACCACUGAGAUCAGGAAAGGUUGGCUCCUUUCUAGGUCACUUCUGCAUGUGAGCCACCCUCUUGUCCUUAUUGGGGUCUAGACAGACUGGGCUCCAAAUCAGACCCCACAAAAAGAUCUGAAAGACCAAGGAAAAUUACUUCAAGUCCUGCCAUGGUGGCAUUUUAGCACCAUCCCUAGCUUCUGCCAGCAGGAUACAUUUGGGAGGCACGAAGACCCCCAGCAACCCCUGCUCUGAACUGGCUAAAGCAAGCAGACGAGGAUAGGCUUGGUCCUCUUGCAAUGCCACCGAGCUCGAUGGCUGUCCCCUUGAUUUGGUGCUGUGCCACUGAGAGCAGAGUCAGGCGGGCGUCAUCAUGAUGCAAACCUGGUGCUAUUAAUUUGGCAUAGAGUGCCUGCGAGUGUCUUCUUUUCUUGAUCACCAAGCAAUUAGUUUAUGCACAGGAAGCCCAAGGUUUAUGUACUGUCUGCUGUGACUUCUCAUUUCACAGGGGGGCUCUAAAGUAUUCUAUCUCGUUCCUCAACUCUUCCUCUAUGUCUGCAUCUUGGAGGGCAAGGUGUGCAUGUGUUGGUGCUUGAGUGUCAAUCCAUGAGCAAAAGUAACGGAGCAAGGGCCAACCGGAAAGUGCAUUGCAGGAGAGGAUUGAACUGAGUGUAGGAGAAGUGCGGGGUAAGCCCUGAGAAAACCAGACACGCAUUUGAUCUCUGUCUCCAUCUGACAGCACUUCUGUAAAUCUGUUGAGACUGUUGCCUAUGUCCGGGACAGUUUUGUCUCCGGGCUCCUGGGGAGUGACAGAUUGAGAUAUUCAGGGCAGGGUUGUGUGGAGGGAUGAGAUCAGACUCUCUGAGCGCAUCCAGCACGUCCCAGGAGGCAGCCCACGUCAGACUGUGCCCUGAUCAUCUUUGAUCGAGCUUUGAGCUCUAAAUCCUGCUUCCCUUACAUCGGCGCAAGUAUCUUGAACUUGGCAAGAUGUGGUCUUUUUAAUUUAGGAAGGCUGUUUUAAAAGUGCCCGAAAUGCUAGAAAAGAGCUCCUUAAGAAGACCAAAUUCUGGUCCCCAUUUCACUGUAUGAACCCUGUAUGAAUUUUUUAAUGGAACAGCCUGUUUUUUUUUUUUUUUUUUUUUUGCCAUCAGCAAGACCAGACGUUGGCCUGGCCCCACCUGCCCUGAUUAACUCCCAAAGCCCUUUAUUUGUUGACGCCAGUGACGUUAGGGCAGCAAUGUUUCCAUUCUCCAGACCUUGUGGUGCCUUUUCUUGUGGUGCUUACCCUUUGCAGGACUCCAGUCAAGGCAACCACUCGCAUCAAACAGCAACGCCAGUACUUCUCCUCUAGAUUAUGUGCCACUGCAGUAACAGAAUUUAAUGUAUACAUAUAUAAAUACAGAUAGAUAGAUAUAAAUAUUACUAUAGUUAUAAUUAUAUAUAUAUAAUUGAGGUUCUGAUGCCGCUGUGAAGGGAACGGAUCGUUCCUCUGCAGGAUUACACUGGGUGAAACCAACAGCUCAAUAUCUCGUAAAGGCUUGCAGCCUUGGCAAGGAGAUUCUCUCCCAUGCGUUCGUUCUCACAUCACCCAUUUCUCCUCAACACAACAACAAUUUCCAAAGCAUUUCUCCAAAUUCUGGGGCAGAUGAUGCCACGUGGCAACAUUGUCCUCCUGCCAUGGGAUGGGUGGAUGUCACCUUGCCAUGAAGGGAGGAUGAUGGGGCCAAUGGGAUGGCAUCCCCAGAUGGUGGCUUUAUUGUUUCCUUUGCACCAAGGGGAUGCAACCCAACAUAUUGCAGUUGGUGUUUUCUCCGCUAGCCAACCACCCUGCCCGCCAGCAAGCAUUCCUAUCUCAUCUUCCCAAUCGUCUUUCCAAUGCGCUCACUUCAUUUUUUUCCCAUUGGGAUGCUCGGUUUCCCACGCUGGGGAGGAGGGAAGCUGGCGAACGUGGUUUGCUUUACUCAUGCCAGUAGUUCUGCCUGACUCCAGGGGGCAAUUUUUUUUGUCUGGACUGCUGGGUUGGGUCAAUCGUCCCCUUGUCGUUAUCUAUCAUAUUGCUGAACCUAUGGGCUCAUUUCGAAUAGGACAGAUGUUGAGUGAAGGUAUUUUCUACUAAAGGGAACAACACCAAUAAUACUGUAAAAGGUGCUAGAAUCAAACCUCAUUUUAUAUACUUUGGUUCUUAGAGAAAAAUAAAUAUACACAGAAUUCUUCCUGUGCAGCCUUACUGUAGAUUGUUAUAACCAACUCUUUAAUCCAAAAAAAACCUAAAAAAAAAAAAGAAAAAAAAAAGAAAAGGUUAAAAAAGGACAAAAAUGAAGCGAUCCUGUAUAAAGUGUAACAAAUAUGACUUUCCCAUAUAAAUGUAAAUGAUCAGACAUAUAUUAAAAUGCACUCGAGGCAGGCGGCAAGCAUGGAAAGCUUUUGUAGCACCCUUUUUUAUGCACAACAGCUGUCUUUUUUCAUUUGGCUGGUGCAAGAGGGAAUGUGCUGAGGCACUUCUAUUUCCUUUUAAUUCUGUGCAUGAUUUUUUGGGAGAAGGAAAGAGGAAUGGGAAGGAGGAGGGUGGUUUAUCUAGCAAGCAAGCCUGGAAUAUUCAUCUCUUUAUUUCCUUUUUUUUUUUUUUUUUUUGGCUAGUUUAUGACUAUGUUUGGACUCCAUUUCUCAAAUGCUUUUUAGAGCUUUGCUGCCUGCCCCAGGUGCUCAGUGUAACUCUUACCUCAAGAAUGCUUACAAAAAAAAAAAAAAAAAAAGUCAAUUGUUUCUUCUUUUCCCGUGUCUGGAAAAUUCAAACAAACAGAUGACAUCAAUGACAACAAUACAAGUGAAAACACGAACAACCAGCAGUGAAUGGAGUAAUGAGAAAUAAAAAAGAAAGAAGUCAAAGCAGAGGUUUGGUGAUCAAACCGAGCCAUUCUGGUGCUUUUCCCCUUUUUAUGUUGCUAAUGAUCAAAAUUACAUGAGAUGGGCUAGGACAAGUUUGUGGUCUUAGGCUGUAGCAAAAAAAAAAAAAAAAUGUAUCUAAAAGAAUACAAAUUUGCAUGGAAAAAAACUCUGAUGGAGCAUUUAAAGAAUGGCUGUUUCGAUGUCAGACGUUUAAUGUUAGCAUGUGUGUGUGCUGUAUAUACCUUUUCAUGUGUGACAUGUACAGUUGACUGAGGAAAAAAAAACAUAUGGAACCGAACAAAAAAUAAUAAUCAAAUGCUAUUUUAUCAGAUGAUGCACUUUUUCACCUUGAUGAGAAGCCACUGUUCACAACUAUGCAAUCUUCCAGUUUCUCUCUCUAUCUCUUCUCUCCAACCUCAAAUUUCCCAACUAUUUUCCAUAACCUAAACCGUUUUUUCUUUCGUACAAAGAAACACAAAAAGUUCCAAACUCUGGUUCAAGGUGAGAGUGCUACUGUGACUUUUCUCAAGCGAUAAGAGCUAACAAACAGACAAACACAAGGGGUUUGGUUUGGUUUUGUUUUUAAGAAAAAAGGAGGUUCAGGCAUGACCCUUUUAAUGUUUUCUAAAUGAAUUGAUGUUUUCUACAUGUGCCAGGCUUCUGUUGACUGUUUUUUGUGUUUGGUUUCAUUUCUUGAUUCACGAUGUUCACUCUCUUGGGUUUUAGGAUUUAUUUAUUGAUUGAUUUUCUUCUGUAUUUAUUUUCUCUCUUUUUUUUUUUUUUUAAGUCUGGUUUUGUAUUGUAGGUAUUGGGGAUGUGAAGAUGAAGGUGAAAUUUGGCUUAACUUCAAGUGUUUUAGUACAUGUGUGUGCUAUAUGUAUAUAGUUUUCUACAUAGAAAAUUUUACACGCUUUUUAACGCACUUUACGACAUGUAUGUACAAAGUUGUCUAUAUAGAAAAAGUAGUGAGUUAUCUGACCUUCAAAGAAGAGAGUUUUGAUUAAGAGGAGUUCAGAUAUUUGAGUAUCUCAUGUGCGCGUGUGUGUGUAUUAUAUAGUAUAUUAUAUAUUACAGAAAUAUAUAAUAGUGUAUGUCCAUGUUAGGGUGUGUAUAAUAGGUACGCACAUCCAAACACAUGAUCAUGCCCACCUAUACCAUAAAAGUAGAGGUUUUCAAUUAAGGUUUUCAAGCUAUGAUAAAUAGCCUGGCUCUAUUCAGUAAAUUUCUUCCCUAUCCUUUGAUGAAAGGUAUAAAGUUAUCCUCCUUUGUUGUCCCCAGUACACUGUCCCCUUGCCAUGGGAGAAAUGUGUGUAUAGAUUUAGGAGGAGUUUGCCUUUAUAGCCUUUCUUUUCCCACCUUGGUUUACCAGUGGAUGUAGAGGAAGAGAAAACAGGUCAUCUAGCCAGUGAUGAGCUCAGGAAACCAUGACCACCAGAUGGGGCUGCCAUGUCCCCUGCCACCAAUUCACCAUGCCACCUAGAGCAACAUCUUUCCCACUUCUCUGUGCCUGUCAGAUUGGGGUUGCCGAUUCUUUCCAAGCCUUUAAGCACUUUGCACUCAUGGUCCUUCUCUGCCAGUACCACAGGGUUCCCCUCAACACCAGUUGGAGGUGAUUCGGGCCAGUUUACAGUGAGAUCUUCACAGUCUUACCCUUGUCCUCUAGCUCUCUUCUGUUCAUGAAGCCCACCCCUGCCUUGCUGGUGCAUGCUUUGACCUUCAUCAUCUCACCAUUAGGUUUUAAAUGAACACCUGUGUGCUUCUCCUUCUUUCCACUUGAGGCUUCCCAGUCCUUGACAGCCAUGUCGCACCAUGCUGAAGUAAUUCCAAGCCCACUUUUGCCCCACAUCCUACAUGUGGACUUCAUGUUUUUUGGGGCAGGGCACAUGAAGCCCCAUUUCUGAUUUCACUGCCCAUUGGACACCUGAUUUAGUAAAGCUCUUCCACACAACCAAAGGACAGCUAGGCUGUUAUUAUACUCAGCUCUAGAUAUAGAAAGGGCCCUUAUUGGAGCCAGCAAAAGUGGGAAGGACAAGGGAAUGGGUUUGUGGCAUCUCUUCCAUUUGUCAGUGAGAAUACAAGUGUCCACACCAGUCUGUAGUAGCAUGGAUGUCCUUUCAGGCCAUCUUUCAUGUUCUAUUUCUAAACAAGAACGUCCUAUCAUCCUUCCUACCGAAGUUAAACCCACAAUUAUCUGGAAACAGAUAUGCAAAAGCUGGGGACAGUCUUCCCGUCUUGCACAGUGUCAUGGCUUAGCAGCCCUUGUCAGUCAGCUGGUUGAGCUGUAGAGCCAGGUGGGUCUGCAAACCUACUGUGAUUGCUUCUUGUAACUCAGUUCUCUAGAAAACAGCAUUCAUACCUAAAUUAAUUUGUCAUAGGACACCUCACCCAGCCUUAGAUGUUACACAUUGUCUAUAUAACAGUAUUGUAUGUAGUGCAGCUGUAUUGUCUCAAGUGUCUACUUCUCCACUCUUUGCAGGCUCUUCUACCUAAUGGCAAGUUUUAGGCUGUGGCUGAUGUUUGCAAGGAGUUAUAGCUGUCCCUUGGACUUGCUGUUAGGAUGCUGGGAUCUGUGUGAAUGAUUAAUCCCUCUCACAAAUCAAAGACAGUCUUUUUUUCCCCUGAGUGACUUGAAGGCAGAACACUUAAUUUCCUUCCCUGAAAAUACAAUGCUGAGAGGUGCCCAUCUAAAAGUGAGGCCAAGAGGAAUCAUUUUCUGCCCCACUUAGCGGUUUGUAGUAAAGCCUUAAGAAAAGAAAAUAAAAGAAGGUAGUUUUCUAAUUGCUAGAUUCAACAAGUGGAGGAGCAUAGAGGUCAAGUUUGACUCAAUCCAUAGCCAUGCAGACAAAGUCUUUUAUCUUCACACAUUCCAGUUUCUUAAGACAGUAAGUGGGAAAGGCUUCUCCCUUCAAUGGCUCAUCCAGAAAAUCUGCAAGGGAAAUAAAUACCUGGAAGACACUCGGUGAUAUAUUCUUCCUUUCCAGGCUAUUCAGAGCCUUCAAAACAAUGCAGUGAACCCAUUGGAGCUAAAAUAAAAGUAGACCCAUGUUUCCAUUCAAAAUGGCUUUUAGUGAAAUGGAAAAUAAAAAAGAGUGCUGGCAAAGAGCAGGAGAGGUUUGCCUUGUGGACAAGUAUAAAGCCACUUGCAGCUUUCUUACCCUAAGAGGGAGUAUAUUUCUUGUUCCCUUGAUCGGAGAUGCUUGUUCAAAGUUCUUUGCCUUCUGGCUCUGUGUGUAUGGGGUGGACGUCCUCUAAUUUAGCAAGAAAAGUUGGAUAUCCAGUGAGUUAUCAUGAUUCCUUCCGUAUUCAGGACACCUCCAGGUAGAGAUUUCUCCCACUUGGUUUCCAAUUUAGAUCAGUUGUGUGCCCUUUAGCUGGUUACAUUUGGGUGAAUUGAAUCCCACCUGAAGUGGACAGAAUUCUCCACACUUCCAAACUAUUUCCCACCAUGUCUUGCCAUCAGGCUGCUUCUCUAUUUGCUCAGCCAACAAACAUUCAAAGUUAUCUCCUUCAGCAUAGCUCCAUGCUUGCACAACAUCCCCUGCCAAAGGGAAGCAUCGACAUUAGGCAGUCAGACUGAAGAAAAUCAGGCUGCAAUUCAGAGUUGGACUCACUGAAGAAGGGGGAGAAGUUAUCACUUUCUGUGACAGUCUGCUGAUCACUGUAAGGGUUCACAAAAAACCUUGAAAAUUAAUACACAAGGAAUAACCUUCCAUUUGUUUUCCUACAGGGUAAGGUCAUUCUUUGUCUAGAUGAAAAGCAAAAGGGAAAAAAUUGAGCUACAGCAAGGACUUGUUCAAAUACAGAGAGCUGGUAGCAAUCACAUUGGCUUCUUCAUCUCAUUAGCAAUCUGUUCUGGUCAAUUUUCCUCAUUUUCUUUAACUCAAGCACCAUGUUGUAAAUAUCAGAUUGCAACCAUUUACAGAACUGCUGGGGAAUCAUGCUCCUUCCAGGGUGCUACUUCCUAACUUCGCAGAAGUUUAGAAGGUAUGUUUGAGCAGCAGCAAGUGGGUUGUCUUGUCUGAAUCUUUAAGCGUUUUUGUCUUUGUUUCACAUUGAGCACCUAAGCUCCUUCCAUCCUGGGAUAUGUGGGUGCCAUGUCCUUUCUUUGCUGCACAUACCGCUUGGAUGUGACCGGUCCAGUGGCCUGAAGAAGAGCCUUCACCAACCGUCCCAUGCUCAGCUACUCUUGUUGGGAACAUGCUCAACCACUCUUGUUGGGAAUGUUUACCAGUAUCCAGCCUGCUUCCCACUGCUGUAAUUAAACCAGCUGCUUCUCAUCUUCAUAUCCUUUCUGCUAUAGAAGUACCACCUACACACCGUCCUGGAUUGAUAGAGUAAAUAUAGAAGCCAGUAAGCCUAACCCUAUUCCAAAUGCCUCCCCUGAGCUUUGUGAUGAGAGUUAAGAGCCCCAGUCAUCCAGGUGCCUUAGCAAGUCUCCUUGUAGGAGUGCUGACCAUGCAGCCAGAUCCCACCAGCUACCCACACUGGUCACCCCAGAGCCCGAUCACUUCAGUGGUGCCGUCUUCCUUGCCACGUAGCUGCUGUUGCCUGAAAAGUGCAACAGAAUCCAUCAAGGGGCUGCCCUUCUGCUGAAGCCUUCUUUUGUUGGCCACUGUCAACAAGUCCGAGCUAAUAUUUGCAAGCAUGUGUUGGUGAAUGUAGCCUCAAUCAUUCCCAGGGUGUGCUGCUUCCCCUUGGCCACCAGAAGAGAGGGGAAACGGCUUAUCUUUCUUUCACUUAGUGCCAGUAGAUUCCCUGAAGAGUUCUCCCUCUUUGUGUUCAUGCACUACGAGUACCCCUAGAACACAGGCUAUUUCUCAGAGCUGCUUUAUCAAUGCUGAACAUCAUAUUUUUUUUUCCCUUGAAGAUGACUAGUUUGUAGAGAAUGCUUCUGAUUUACUUCUGCCUUUCCCCCAGCUUUCCAACGGCAUUGUCUCUAAGUGGACUGUAAUACUGGUAUCAAUGUUAGUAGGACCCAUUGAUCAAGUAAUCAAAGCUCACUGCUGUGUUGGAUAUACAUAUGUUAGUGACAGUUGCGUUAAGCCAAAUUUAGCAGCUGGAUUCUUCAACAUCCCUUUGUUUUGUAUCUACCUCACUAUGAUUUCUUUGAUUUCUUGUGAUUUAGUGUUGUAUACAAUGUCAGAGGUGAUAUGUAGAUAAAAAUAUAUAUAUAUAUAUAAAAAUAUAUAUUUUUUGCUUUGCAAUAAAGCUCAAAGCUAUAACACUGAAUAUUCAUAAAAUGUCAUAAUCUUUAUUGUGAUGUUCCCAUUUUAGUUGUAAAAUCCUGUCUGGAUCCUAUUUUCCUGUACACUAGAAUCAAUAUUGUGUUCACGAGUGAAUGAUUAUUAUUUCUGUUACUUUUCCACUUAAGCGAUAUUUUUGAGAUGUGAGAUAGACACCAGAAUUGUCAAAACAUGAAUUGGUUUAUGUGUUUUUUCCCCUUAUAUAGCCUGCAUGUAACUGGAAUCAAACAGUGACAUUGAAAGAAAAUGAUUUGCAGUCCUGAUCUUUCAAUUUUGGCUUGUCUGAUCAUAGCACUGAAUUUGGCAGGGAGUGGAAGCAAAAAUAGAGUCACUAUUAGGGUGAGCAUAGGAAGAAAUGAAGAAAAGAUAUUCAUCACAAUUUGGCUGCAGAGAGGAUUCGUUCUUUGAAAUAACUGAAAUGAAAUGUGGCACAUCUCUGAUGAUGGAGACCACAGUCAUCGAGCUUAAUUCCAGGCAGUGAAAAGUUAGCUGUGUGCCUCAUGGCGGUCCCUGGACCAGAGGCACACAUCCAGCUCUUUCCUAUUGAAAUGGAGAGAGACAAAAAGUUCCCUAGGGUUCUUCACACCUAAGACACUUGUCUAGGAUAUGUGGGAUACAGCUCCUUCAGGAUGGGAGUAUCUCCCUUUCUCUGUGGAUAGAGCAGAGAAGAUGAGUUCAUGUUAGAUACCUCAGCUCUCUGGGCUAAAAUCAAGUUCAGUGACUCCCAUCAUAAUUGCACAAAGGUCAUCCUGGCUAAUGAAAACUGUCUCAAUAUUAUGGUCAUGUGCAUUAUUCUGAACCAGAUGAUACCUUGUGCUCUGUCAGUGGAAGGGAUGAGGAAGGUGGGAGCUCCUGCCCUCUUGGCAAAGUGGGAAAAUAGGACUUUACCUAUUGGUCCUAUGCUCCUGUGGUGGAUAAGAUCCUUAGACCCAGGGACUAUCCAUCAGUACCAAAAAUGACAAACAUCUGGCACAGAAAUGCUGGCUGAGUCCUAUAGAAGGUAGAUGAGUGUCAGGGGGGACUGCUGAGAAGGACACUGCUCCCAUAGGCUGGAAUUAGGGGGAAAAAAUACAUUGAGCCCAAACGCUGGCACUCUUUGCUUGAGUAGAGAAUAUUUCCACGGAUCUCAUGCAUUGUCUUCACUGGGAGCAGAAUGAGGUGAAUCCUCUCCAUUUCCCUUCCACCAGACUGUAGGGAAAGGAACAUUUUCCUUCACUGCUUUGUCAAAAAAAAAAAAAAAAAAAAAAAAAGUAAUGACCAGAAAGAAUCAGACACAAAUGGAAUCUGACAUAUUCUUUAAAAGUAAGGAGAAAAAACACUACUGAACUUAAAUCCAGUUAUUCCAUAGGGGGAAAAGCAAAAAGAAAAAGAAAAUAAAGAUGCAAGAAAUGAAACCCAAAUGUGUGCGAAUCAAAUCAAAAGGGAGGAAACGUUUUUGGGUUUCACCUAAAGCACGUGACAGGACUGCAAAAUGCAUCAUUUAGAGUGGGUUUCACAAGACCUCUUCUGUGUUGUCUUCUCUCCAAAAUUUGCACAAUUGUUCAGUACUAACAGCAGUUUUUUUCCUCAUUCUGAUCUGGUGUCUGUACAAAUCUGGCUUGGGUUUUUGGUUUGUUUUUCUUAUUGUUGUUGCCUGUUCCCAGCUAUUUCUAUUUUUGCGGUGUAGUAUUUUGUCUAUAUGGAAUGAAAUGCAGAUGUGUUCAUGAAAUUGUAUAGCAGACGGAAUUACAGGUUGGAGUUGAUUUGGAAAAGAAAAACAAACUAACAAUGCGAAGAGAAAUAUCUAUAUGAAAAGUAUGCUUCCAAAGUGUGUGUUUGAAUUUGAGCAUUUUGUCAUUUUACUGAGCUUUUUGAAAGGCUUAUUUUGAAAUAAUGAGACUUUAUGACGGUUGGGGUUUUUGAAUACCAAAAAAGCACAAUUAUCGUUAAAACAUUAUCAUUUUUAUUACUUUAUUUCACUCUUUGCCUAUCUGGGCAUUAUGAUCCCCAAAUUUUGUCAUGAAAUAUAUAAUCCUUUAUACCUGCUCAUUAGUCAUCUUUCAUUAGGCAAAAGGGAGAGAUGCAGCUGUUUCAUUUCUGCUCUGAAACCACGCAGAAUUCCUGGUCUGAUUUGGUUUUUAUUUGCUUUAAAAAUAGGGUUGAAUUUUUUACUUUGUGGUUAUUCUCUUUGAUGCUUACCGUAAAGACAACAAGGUCUUCCUUUAACUGAGUGGCAAAGAAUCUAUGCGGUAUAUGCAAGAGACAGCCUUGAUUUUGCCACAUCUGCAGCGAACGGUGGUUUGUGAAGGACUGGGUCAUGCAAAGCAUUUGUGGAUCUGAUUUGGUCAUGCUGAUAAAGAGGGCAGGCUUAUCUGUGAUGCAUUCCUCAGCUGUAGGGGGAGGAGCUGAAUUAAUGCAGGUGGCUGAGUAAUGGUAGUUUGGUCCUCAGAUGUUCAGAGUUGGUUGGCUGGAGAAGUCAUUCAUUGCUUUGACUGAAUAGAGCCUAUAUUUGCUUUCCUUAUUCUCAUAGAUAUUUCCACUGAUGCUAAUGGGUUGCCUUUGGUUUCGGUCAUAGAAACAUUUUCUUGUUAAGUCUACUUGUUGUGUUGUUAGUGUGGUUGUAUCGGAAUAAUUUGCUAAUGUUGAAUUUCAGCUUUUAUGUUCUUCUCUGGCGUUGACUGUGCUUUACUGAGAAGCUCUGCGUCCCUUCCAGCAUAUACAAUAGCUCUACUCAUUUCCAGGUUGUAAGAUCUUUCGUUACUGUAGAGGUGCUGUUUAUUUUGGUGGCUGUAUCAUGAGCAAUAUCUAGCUUUGGUGAAGCUGACUCAACAUUUAUCCUGGGAUGGAGGAGCAGCACGCGUUGAUGGGGAGGGUGUUCUGUUUGAAUAGGAGUCUCCUCUCUGUUGACUGUUGUAUGACAGAUGACUUAUAAUGUGUAGAUGUAAGAGCAUUGGAAAUGUCUUCUGCUAAAAACUGGAUCUGAGCAAAGACUGAGUAGGUUCUGGGGAUGGAGCCCUUAAGCCAAGUCUCACUGGAUUUGGGUUUUCAUCUGGAACCACCAGUAUAUUCCAAAAGGCAGGUGAGGUUGGAAAAAUUGGUGCUUGCAUGGGUUGUGUUUGGAACAGAGGUGACAGAGGGUAAUCUCGUGUUGUGCAGCAGACUCAUUGUUGGCAGCAGUGUAUCAUCAGAGGAUAAGGGAGGCCUGGCAGGUUACAUUACUGCAUGGUGACCUUGCCCUUGUGGAGGCCUCUCUGGGUGACCAAUUGUUUCUGUCUUCAACAGAAGACAUAUCUGUUGUCUUUUGAGGCUGCAAACAAAGCCAUGUGACUUCACUUUCAUUCCUGGGUCACCGGGGUAUUUCUGAGAGCACCAGUAAUGUUUCUGAAACAGGUUGUUCCCCAUGGGAUAGUUAGCAUUGAGCCCUCACCCUGAAAUAGGCAGAAAAGGCAGCUGUGAGGCCUGAGCAAGAAAGGCCUGAUCUGGGGCGCUACCCAGCAAACAAACUCAAUGGACUUGAUUCUUUUAAAGCAGCUUUUAUACCGUGGGUUUGAGAAGUUAGAUAACACCUGAGUCAAUUAGUGUCCCUGAAAGAGGCUGUGUCUUACACAGAAGUGCACAGAAGGCAGUGUGCAUGUGAAUGCACCAUGAGCGUGGUGGUAGGCCUCGUCCACCAGAGGAAGAGGUUCAGACCUUUAAUGGGGUCUAAGAGCACAGAGCCAGGAAGAUUUGAGCCUUGUUUCCAUGCUGAGAGCUGCAGAAGGUUUUUAGUUCCUGAAAUGGCAAAGAAAUAAGAGCGGCUUCUUUCGAGAACAUGAGGUCCAGGCCACUCUGAAGGUAGCCAGGAGUUAAACUGACCUGAGAUCAGGGGCUGAGACCCUCUAUGCAACAGAGAGGUGUCAGUGGCUGGGAUUCUGUUGUAUUCUUUCUGUGAUCUCCUGAGACUUGGAGCCACAGAGCCCUUGGAGGCUCAGGUCAAGACAGGAUGGAUGGCAGCAGGGGGGGGAUGUGCCCAUGCUAUUCAGAAGCAGAUUUGCGUCCUGGUGUGAUGUCAAAUGUGUUCUGAGAAACUGUGUUCUGAAUGCCUCUGGAUUUCUCUGUGGCCAGGCAUUAGGCCAUAGCCAGACUCAUGAGCUGAAGGAGAGACCAGUGUGCCAUUAAAACAUUCCACAAAAGAUACAGGAGCUUAAAUAUGCAGAAAAAAAUGCCCACUGAAAUCCUUCUCUGAAGUAUGCAAAGGAAGGUAGGGAUGUGAGUUAGGGGAUAGUAAAACUUUACUUACUACAGCCCAUCCACUUGUCAGGAAAGGUGAUUUUUUUCAAAUGAGCAGUGAAUCAUCUUAGACUAAUUCUGUUUGGGUCUGGAAACACGAAGUAGUUGCACCAUCCUUCCUACAGUCCUGCAUGAUUGGCUCAGCUUUGGCUGGGGGCAGCGAGCUUUGUCUCAGGCUAUCCUCUACCUGAGGAGUUAGCAGGGGGAGCUGGAAACAACAGGCAUUUUGGUUGUGGGCAGCUGGUUUUGGAGGUUAAGGGACUGCCACUGGGAAAAGGAUUGGGGCCUGGCACCAUUUUGUUUUUAUGGAUACAGUCAACAUAGCCUUUGCCAGAUGCCGGUUAAAUGGUGCAGCAUAGUCAAAUGGAGGUAAUAGAACAGACUAGACCUACAACCAAGUCUGUGCUUAAUGAGAGAGACAAGGUUUGAGGGAGAGAUCCUAUCUUUUACUAGAAAUAUAUAUUUUUUAUUAUUAAAACACCUCCCCCUUUAAACCAUGCCUCUUGCAUUACCUUAAACUAUGCCAACUACCAUAACACAUUUAGGACAUCUUUAGAAAUGCUUUGCAAUGGAUUUUGUCUCAGUACUGUCAUUCCAGUGUUAACAAACUUCUGUGGCCCUUCUGGUCAUGCAACCUUUUCAUAUCCCAGGGUACAUACCAAAGCAAGAGACUUCAACUUUGCAAGGUGCCAAAGGUUGCUUAUUAUGUCCAAAAAUACCAUCUCUGCUUUCCGUGUGAGCUGAGGGGAUCAGUACGUUCCAGGAAGAGCCUGGAAUUUUUUUGCUCCAUGCCUUUCUUUUGUUGUCCUGCCAACAGAGCCUCAAGGACAGCAUAUGGCCUUGCUAUACUUGCUUUUUCUUAAAAAAAUAGAAAAUAAUAAGACACCAGAGUACCGCAUGAGUUUUAAUAGUGUAAAAUGAGCUGAGUCUACUUCCCUCAGACAAAAAAUCAGAAUGCAGAAUUCAUCAGUUUUAUGGCUGGCUGCAUGUUCCUGCAAUAAUUCCUUAUUUUCCAGGCUUGAGGAAUGAUCACUUUCCCCCACUUCCAGGCUGAUUUAAAAUAUCAUUCUCUCCUAAAAUAAUUCCCUCUGCUCUGAUGCUUACAAGUAACUCAGCCCUGGGCUUCCUCAAAACUCAUUGCCAGGAGCGCUGAAAGAAUUUGCAUCAAGUGGCCCAUUUCCCUCAAUGCUGGAUCAUGUAAGGUACAAGGAGGAGAAUUUUGCCUGUGGCAGAAUUUAUGUAAGCAGUGGAGUACGCAUCUCUGUUAGCCUGUAGUAUCUCUUGACUUAAAAACUCACCCUUUACAGAUGGGGAGGUGGAACAUCAGCAUCUUGAAGAUCCCCUUUUUAAUGUUCUGAAGCAGUUGGGAGUUUCAGGACAGACUUUUUUAGGACCAUUUUGCUGGGCUUGGUUUUCAGAGCAAUGUGAAGAGUUACAGCUGUGCAGGUAGAGCGGGUGAAUGUAGAAAUGUGCUAAAACCAACGCUACAAGGUGGAAUCCAGGGCAGAGAAACCUCAGAUCUACAAAGGUCCUAUGAACUUCAUCUCUUCAUGACACCUUCCUCUGCAGUUUCUGGAGAGACAUUCACAGAUUGAGGACUAGUAGUGGAUCAGAGGCUCUUCUCCCCUUAAACCUCCCAGGGAAGAGGUGAAGUUGGAGUUGUUCUGCACUGUGAGCCCUGGGGAAGUUUUUGUCACAUCAGCUCGGGUUAGAUUCAGUGGAACAAAUGACUGCCCAGCUUUUUGGAUUGCAAGCAUUUGUUUGCUCCAUCCCAUCCUGCAUUCAGCACAUUGGGUGCUUUUGCAUUAUUACUGUUUUCUGUAAAUUGAGAACUUUUUUACUGGAGGAAAAAAGACGCAUUUGUCUCUUCUUAUACCAUGACACAAUCAGCACUGGUAUAAACCAGACUCAUUUCAAAUAGAGACUGCCAGUCAGUUCUAGGUAGUUCAAGCAGCAGACCUCAUCCCUAGCACUGUGCUGGAGUAGUACAGUUCUUUGCUCAGUACAAGAACUGCCUGAUUUGCAUGAAGAAAAAGUCAUCUGAAAUGAAUCUGGUCUUAAAAAUUAAACCAAACUGCAUCAGUUUUCAAAGCGGAGAAUUUCAAGCCAGUGCGGGAAAGAGAGGUUGGCACCAGUGAGAAAUACAGGUGAAUGUGAAUAAGGUUAGAGCAGUUAUCUCUGCAGUGCUGAUAUACAGCAAUACUCUGACACAACCCUCCAGUUAUGACGUACCCUUCACCAAACUGUUCAGCUGAAAUCACCAAUGGAUAUGUUGCUUAGAGCCCACUGUGGUUUCAGCCUUCCUGGUGGGAGAUUCUUUAUGACAUAUGAUGAAGCUCUUUUUAGAUUAUUUCAUUGACCCUCCCAUGCCUUACCAAGUUCUCACCAAGUCUUUUUUCCUAGUACAGAUGAGUAAAAUAAAAUAGUCUUUUCUCAAGCUCCUGAGUUGUGGAGAAGAUGGUCAUCUUGGUACAUUUGCUUUACGUUAGGAAAGCAAGAAGAAGACUAUGGCCAAGGCACGUCUUUUGUUCUUCUGCUCUGCUGUUUCUUCCGUCUGGUAGCGCUGCCUUUUUCAUCUUGCUUCCUCUGAGAUACAUUUGAUUCCCUUUAAAAUAUGGCCAUGUCUUUGAAGAGACACUGCUCGCUUCUCAUUUGAUGUCAUCUGAAAAGCAGGGUUUAAUGGCUGGUGAUGUUCAUGUCAAAUGGCUACACCUGCAAUGUAUUUAGCUGCUUGAGGAGUGGCAGGAGAAGAUAGGUCCUUCAAAUCUAUGAGCAUUGGCAGCCAAAAGUGCAGCCAGAAGUUCUCUCCCAAGCUGUGUUCUGGCUGUGUUAUCAUGGCAGGAUCUCAUUUAGGCUGGUUUUGUAGGCACUGUGUUGGACAUUGUAAGAAUUCCUGGCCAUUUUAGUUCUUUCAUAAUUUGUCUUAGCAGCAGUAAUGCAAACUGUUAGCACAUACCUUAUUUACUCUUCUUUACCAAGGUACAUUUGGUCUCGAUCUCCACAAUGGUUAUUCAGCUCUCUGUACCUCAAACAUGUGAGGCAAGAUGUUGGUAUUCAGUCAUUCUCCCACAGUAAUUUUAUUUUUUCCCCUUUCUCUUUAGCAAGGACUGAGUCAUCUCCCACAAAGCUUCAAUGGGAAUCUAGGGAGUUUACAGGCUUUCACUGAGUCUCCAUUAGAAAUAGCAUCUCCUCCUUGUAAAUGGUUCUUGGUCCUUUAGCUUUCCUUCUGUUCUAUAAUGGCCUGACUGCUUUGUGAGGAAAAAGAUGCAAAAAAUGGAUCGCUUUGCACUCUUAUUUGCACAUUAGAGCUUUCAAACAAUCUCGUUUUCAUCUUCUGACCCAGUUCAGAGUUUCAGUGGAGAAGCGUCAUCUGGUGAAACUCAAGAAAUCACUUUCAGUCCUGAUGUUCUAUCUGGACUGGAUUAUACUUGUGAAUCUAAAUAAGUUUCCAUUGGUGGUAGAACAGCUUUAAAGAAUGAAGACCAACUUGUCUAUGGGGCUAUGUAAGGUUCUUCAGCACUUCUUCCAGAUUUUUUACUGCAAAGCAUAAAAACAAUUCAAAGGUUUGGACUGUGAUGUCUGCUACCUUACAAUUCGAGAGGAAAUCUUUCAGUGUACCCACCUCUUUUACAUGAAACAGACAUCCUUUUGCGAUCAUUUGUCCUCAUCUUCAAAAGAGGUUUUAGUAGAAUAACAUCAAAUAUCCAGUGCUGAGAUGUUCCAUAAAGCACAGAUCUUGCAGACGUCUUUGUGGAUGUCUUGCUGGAACCAGGAUGCUGUGAGCUGCUUUAGCAGGCGGUGUCCUUGCACGACCCAAUGGACAAGAUACAUUCAUUUCACAAAACCAUUGCCUAAGAUGAAAAUCAAAGGCUGCACGCAGGUGACCAACCUUGGAAAACAGUCUACAGGUAUUUUUAGGUGAGAGAAACUGUUCUGAGAGCUGCCUUGGAAAAGGAACUGAGUUUUUCGGCAUGAAAUGAAGGAACAAAGAAGAGAGCUGUUACUUCAAGAUGGACUGAUAACCUCAAGGUGGGAUAGGAUGACACUGAAAUGUGUCUGUACUUUGGAAAAUCCAAAACUUAACAACUUUCUAAGAGCUGGUAAGAUUCACUUUAUCUGACUAAGAUAACUAAAAAGUUAACUCUCCAAAUUUAAGCUAGUGUUGCUCAACUUUCUUUUUGUUUCUUGGAGAAUACUCCUAUCAGUGAUACCUAAAAAGAGAUUUAUUGGUCUCUGGAAAUAACAUUUUUCUUUCCACUGACUAAGAAAGGAGCCAAGGGUGAUUUUUCCAGUGUGAUGUGGAUGUAGGAGGCCAUUUUCACUAAUCAUGAAGAAAAUUCUUCUCUGUAGGAAUGGGGCAACAUUUCUGCUGUCCAUCUUCUAUCCAUCAUUCAUCAGAGAAGUUCACACAUUAACAUCCAAGGGGCAAAAUCACCAUACAAGGCAGAGGUCUUCAGCAUUACCUAGAAUGACAAAGCCUCUUCUUCUCAACUAGCGUCACAGUCUCACGUCCCAAGGCUUUAUGUAGUCCAGUUUUAAGCAAUUAGCCUGAUCAGAUUUUGAGCACUUCUUUUGGUAACUAAUGUUUUUACGUACCUGAGUACUUUCUGAUCAGGCAAUUAAAAAAGUCUCCAUAGACUUAUCAGCCUUUUUGGGUUAGGCUUGCAAUUCACAGUCUUGCUGUUGCUUAGAAUUUGGGAGGAGCAGUGCUGUUUCUUUUGCAAGGCACAUGCCUUCGUACUUCGGCAGCUUUUUCUGGUGAUUGAUCAUGCAUCAAGAGGAAUGCCUCAUUUAAUUAAAAGCCCCCAAGCGAAAGAGCGCUGUGAUGGGAAUGUGUCUCAUCCUCAAACCUUCCUCCUGCAUCGGCAUUGUUCCUGACUAGGGGUUUUGUCAAGUUUCUUACUUUUCUAAGAGCCAGAUCGAUACAAGCUCUCCCAGCGCUUGGUAGAUUUCAUCAGCAUUGGCAAACUCUUUUCAAGAAGAAAGUAGCUUUUCAAAAAGAAGGUAACCAACAUGUGCAUGACCUCCUCAGAGGGGUUAGGAAUAGACUGAAGGGCCAGAGGAGAGAGACAGGGAUGGAAGACCUUUGAGAAAUUAUUUGUCUUUAUCUCCAGCUGAGCUCAUAAUGUUCCUUAGCCUCCGGCUGGGACUUCAUUUAGCUGAGGAGUGCAGAUGUAAUUUUCAAAAUAUGAGUGUUUUUUUUCUUUUAAUAUAAAAUGUACCCUCUGAGUAAUUCUGCAGCCUUUCCCACCUGACAAUACUGUAACUAACCUCGCCAUUAGGAGCAGGGAGAAAACUUGAAAGAAGGAUUAAUCCUACUCAGCUUUCACUCCCUAAAAAUUGAAGUGCCUUGCCUAACCUCUUUAGAUCUUCUUCCUCUACCAUCAGCAGAAGGAGACAGGCACGCUUGAAGAGGAGUUCAACCCACAUAUCUCACACCACUUCUUUGGGUCGAACUUUCUCACAUCUAACUUAAAGUGAGAUAGGAUUAAUUGUAUUUUUGAGUAAGGCCAAUGUGAAAUGGAAAUCACAGAAUCAAGAGCUAAAUAAAUUCUUCAAAUGCUGUUCAAAGGACAGGGACGUUUCUGCUCAAAGCUUGCAUUUUAGUUUGUUACAGAGUCCUUGGACAUCUCUUCUUGGAGCUAUGAUUUCACCUGCAGCCUUAGAACUUUCUGACCAUCUUCUGAUUUCUAUGUUUUCUUGUUUAGAUAAGUCUGGUUGGUUUUAAAUUAAGAUCAACAUGCUUGAUUAAAUCAGGAAGUCUUUAUUGUUUCUAUUACGCUACUACUAUGUUUUUGCUGUUUUAAAGCUUGUUUAACUCAGAAAUGCCAGAGCUGCUGAACGCUGCUAAACAUAGGCAGAAUAAAAAAUAUUGAGUUGUAAUUGAAAACAACUGCAGAGCUAUGGCUAGAACAUCCUCCAGUUACAUUUCGUUUUCUUGUAAAUCUCUUGUUCUCCUUUCAGUGGCAGCUAGAGAUAAUUCCAGCCCCAGGAGUGUGUGCACAAACCAAGCUGGUGUGCAACACUGGACACCUUCAUUCAGCAAGCAGUGCAGGGACAAUGAUUUGGACAGGAGAAUAAUCUUUCAGGAAGCUGUGUGUAACCUCUUGUGGAUUUUGGUUUCAGUAGAUGUCGGUUGAAUAUUGAACCUGGUCCUCUUUGUCAUAAGCAAUGUAAGCAGAUGGGUGCUCUAGUCCAGUGUAGCUGUCAAGAUCCACAUUGCAGUCCACAGGAAAAGGCUGGUCCUUCUGGGAAGUGAUCCAUCUUAUAUCUGUCUUAGGAUGGAAGGAGGAAUCCUUGACAACCCCAUACACAUUUAACUUCUGGCUGGCUAAAUAUCUGUGCAGUGAAAAUAGUAAGACUUCAUUAUCUAUUCUGUGGAAUUUCUGCUGUGCUACCUGCUCACCCUUUAAAAUGAUUCUUCCAACUUUAACCACAUCUGAUUCAUGGAAGUGACUAUUGGCUUGAGAGAACAUCUUGGCACUUUGAUCUAGUCCUGAUUUCACCUGAGCUUUGUUUUUUGUUGAUUUGCUUUGGUUUAAUAGGCAACACUUUGUCUUGCCCUCCUGAUAGUUGGGGAUGGAGAGACUUAUCUCACCUAAUCUUAAAUCAAUGGAAGUGGCUUCUUCACCUGAACUUGCUGUAUAUACUCCUGCUGCAGCACUGUCAGACUGUGAGACAUCACAUUUGGUCACUUUCAUGAUAGGAAGAAGAAUCACAUUUCAGAAGAGACCAUUUCUGUCUGCUGAUUGCAUAAUAAGCAGAGUUUAGCAUCAGGUUGGUGAUGGUAGAUAUCUGACCAGCAGCGAGGUGGCAGGAUGGCUGUCUCUAAUCUUCAGACAUCUUGCAUUAUGUUGUUUCACUCUUCCCUACCAUGUCUGGUGGGGUUUGGUGGCCUCUGCCAGUGGUUCCUGCCAGGUGGUGCAUCCACCAGAAGCUUGCCCAAGGGCUUAGCCUUCGGUUUUUGUGUAAACAAAGUGGAGAAUGCUGCUUAAAUACUGCAGAGGAAGAAAACUUGUUAGCAGGGAUUUAUUUCCAGAGGAAGCCAGGAGAAUUAUCUAUACCUUUUAACAGCAAUGAAGGAGCUGUAGGGUCUUCUUCCAUAUCCAUUAAGUUGUAUGUGUGUGUCUAGGGCAUGUGUACAGGCAGAAACAAAUACGUGUGGACAGGGAAGAUAUACAUUGGCAGUGAACUACAGUGAGGAUUCUUCUCCAAGUGCUGGGACGUUUUGUUCUCCUUUCGGAGUGGAAUCUGUGGGACCUCAGUUGCAUGCAUCCAACCCACGAAGACAGGGCAGUCUGUUGCGUUGGUGUAAUUCUGGGUAAUCACCACUGAAUUAACGUGUUGAGCUUGGUUUCACCCCUGUGAUGUCCUGAGUUGCCUCCUUUGUGGUAGGAGGGGUACGAGUAGAGCAUCUUCCUUGAGCUAGUCCCUCACAGUGAGGUACCGCCAGGGCUGCAGACAUUUGCAUCUCACCUUAAAAUUACUUGAAGGAAAAAGCCCCUUCCAAAUAUAUCUGUGGCUUGGAAUCAUGGGGCCAACACAGAUGAUCCUGCUGCAGGGAACCUGUCCAAACAAAAUGUAGAUCGAUUCUAACAUCACCUUUAAAUGCACAACCUGAGAUCCCAGCUGUGGGAGGUGGAACAGCAGUCUGCCUGGGCAGAGGCAGCAGGGUGAGAGCCCAACCCCUGUGAGCCCCCGGAGCUCAGUGGGGUCACAGAAUGCCGUGACUCAAACACACAGUCGUGUCCCUCAUCCAAUGGUUUUUAUGUUUAAAUUGUCGGGAUUUCGACAAAUGUUUCAUGCUUUUAUUAAGGCAAAAGUACGUGCUUGUGAAAUUGUGAAAUUGAUGUGUUCUUUUGUAUCUGUUUAAAAAAAAAACAUGUACUUAAAGCUAACGAGCCGUUAUUGUGCGGGGUUUUCUCUCAAACUGGUGCAUACACUUUACAUCAGGGACCUACUAUACAUAACAAAAAUCAGUGAUUCAGUUACUGUAAAACCAGAUACACACCUUUUACUGUAAUAAUAACUUUUAAAACCUUGCACUGUAAUGGUUGCUAUUAAAAACAAUCAAUCAAAAAAAGAAAAAACUACAAAAAAAAAAAAACUUGUCAGAAUGAUUUUGUAUCUUUGAUUAUAUCUGAAAUUUUAGCAUUUUUGUAUACUUACCAUAUCCACAACAGCAUCCUCCACAGUUAGUUCCCAGGUUCUGUUUCCUUUCUGUCUCACAAAACACACGCAUUGCUACAGGAUGUGGAUGGGCAGGGUAUGGCCAUGGGAACCAUGUAGGUCACCCCAAGCUCUUGUCACAUACACCCAACCAAGCUAAGUAGGAGGAAAAGCCACGACCCCAAGCCCUUCUGAUGGUGUCAGAUCCCCUCAGCAGUCCCAGCUGCUCCGAGUGUCCGACCAACAGAACCAGGGAGUGAUGUCCGAGCCUUUAUGCCGGUGUUGCUGUGGCCGCCUUGGCUGUCCAGUUCCAUCACACAGCAAUGCGUUGCCAGUAGGUAGGAAAUCCCAACCAACAAGAUAACUUUGCAAUCUCUACGUUUGUUGAUUGAUUUGUUUUUGUUUUUAAUUUUUAAAAAAUAAGAUGUAUUUGGAAUCAGACAGCAUGGUGUUGCAAUCCUUUCUAUUUUUAAAUACUGAUACAUUCUGUGUGUAAAAGUCUUGUUUCCUAGCUAAGAGAACCAUACAUGUGGAGCUGAGUUUGAACCAUUUUUUUUCCUUGUUGUACUGUGAUUUGGGAAUUAUUUUGAUAUAAUCCUUUAAUUUGGUAGAUUUCCCACACCUUCUCCCUCCUUCCUGUCAUCACUUCAUAUUUUUUACAAAAGAAAAAAGAAAACAAACAAAGGAACAAAUAAUCUUUUUUUCUCUCUUUAGGCUGUGUAAUGUUGUGUUGUCCAGAUUCUGUAUAAAAAUAUGUAUAUGAUGUAUCUGAUAUUUGGCAGCAAACAGCUGCAACUUUAACCAAUAUAAUUAACAAAGAAAUGCAUAAUGUUGGUGUUUUAAAAAGUAAAAAAAAAAAAAAAAAAAAAAAAAAAAACCUAGUUAAGAUGUUUGUGUAAACUUGCAUGGUUUAAAAUGUACUUAGUGCAUUGAGAAAUGUUGUUAGGGUCCUAAGUGAAAGGCUGGUUUACUUUUUGAUUCUAAUGGUGAUUGGUUUGUUGAUCAGAAUAUCCCCUAUACUGUAUGUCUUAGUUUAUUUAGCAUAUUUAUUUAUUUUUUUCUCAAGAUCUAGCAUAGUGUAUCUAUCUAUAUGUAAUACUGUUCCUUAAAACCAGGUUGUGGAAACUGCGUUUCGUCCGGCAAAAUGAUGUUUUGCAUCACGGUUGUGAUUCAGUUGCAUUCCAUUUAAUUUGCUCUGAAGUCCAGGUUUGACUUUCCAUUGGGAUCUCUCUUGCCAGUGGGGAGAUGCUCACGGCUGGGCUGCCGGACCCUGGGACAAGGUUGAGCCGAGGGCCCGGCUCCUGUCCUACAGCAGAACAUCAACAUCAGGCCCGGUGGUCUCGGAUAAUGGUGGGCUACAAGAGCAGGAUUUGGUCCCUCCAUAGCGAGCGAAAGUUGGGUUUUUCCUCUCGGCAGCACAAGUUUUAUCAGGAUCACAGCAGGCUCCCUGGGGUUUCUCCCAGCUCUCCAUUGGAUGAUUAUGGCUUUUAGCAGCAUCGCUGAAACAAGAGCAGUGAAGUGGGGACGAUCAUCCCAUGAAGAACAUAAUGAAGCUGUUCAGCAAUAAGCUCCCUACUUCCAGAAGCACAAACCCACCGUGUUCCAGAGGAGCUCAUUUGGAGCCCAGCCCUGCAGGUGUGGGAAGCAUACAAGCAAAGGACAUGGUUCCAUUUCACUUGACUUCUCAUUGGUUUGCUCCAGGCUUUGCUUCUGCUGAACUGCCAGAAAGGGAACAUUUCCAAGUGACACCAUCAAAGCUGCAGUGCCCAUGAACAGUUCCUGGGACUGACCUCCCUGCACAGGUCAAUGUGGAGACAUUUGUGUUUCUAAUACUUGACAAACCUCCAGUGGCCUUCCCCCAGGGUAACGCAGAGCUAAAUGUAGAUACAUAGAGCUACCAGUUUUCUUAGUGCUCUUCAACCCAGAGAGUUUCAAAGGGCUUUUCCAGCAGGACACGAUGUGACUCAUGCUGCCUAUCCAUGGCAGAGCACUGUUAUCACAGCCACCUCUGGGGUGACCUCACUCCGUAUCUGCUCGUGGCACCAUCAGAAUGCGAUCAUCUGAUGCAAGAAGUGUGGGUUGCACCUUGGGGGAACCUAGCAAAGUAUAACAUGUCCAAAUUCCAGUGAAGUGAGCAUCAAGAGCAGUUUGACUCAUUGCUUUUUCCCUUUCUGAGCAGUUCCUCUCAUUUUGUCCAUCCUUACAGGGCUGGGCAGUGAGAUGUCCAGGUAGAUUAAGCAUCUGCACUUUGCUUUCACCAGCCUUUUCUUUUCUAAGAGCUUAUAAGGUAGUCCUUUCUAGUCCUUAGCAGGAGAAUAGGGAACAAGAAUCUUUCUCUCUGCUCCAGAAACAGGGCAAGCAGGCUCCUUUAUGCAAAGUUAUGGCCGAAUUAUUUUCUCUCAAUCUUCUCUGAUCUCCACCACUUCUUUUAAACCAUGUCUGCACUCUGAUUUUGCUGCUUGAUGGUCUAACCAGUUUCCAUCUGGAAAUAAACAACCAGCCUGACUUAGACGCUGUCAAGAAUCCUCACCUGGCGUGCAGUUACGUGUCCUGUCCUGCAGCCACAUCAUACAACACAAUGGAUGUGGCCUCAACAGUGAAGACAGAUCCUGAGAUUUGUUGCAGGAUCGGUUCCAUCCAUGUAAAGCUGCUUGUGGUAGGUAUCUCCCCAGCUCAGCAAGCAGAAGUGAUCUGCUUCUCUUUUGCUUUGCUCCAUACCCAAGGGUUUCUGCAGUAAAACCAGUGCCCAAUCACAGUUCUCUGGUGAGAAGGAAAUCACCUGGUGGAUGUUUCAUGGCAUGGUGCUCAAUGGAUUUUUUGUCUUCAAGGAUCCAAUCAGUGCAGAGUCCUAUAUCUUUACAUAGAAAAGUUCCUGCUGAAAUCAAGUUUUGCUUUCUAAGGCUGCAAGAUCUGUUACUUCAGAUCCCUCAAGGAUGUACGUGGAGCAUCCUCUGAUAGAGGACAUCAGUAGCCAGUUCCUUGAAAGGGCCUUUUCUAGACAUUAGGAUUUUGCUUCUGCAAAGCUGACCUUCUCUGUCUUCAACAUGACUGGAAAAAGGGUCUGUUCCCUGUAAGGAAAGACCUUGGUUGCUGGAAAUCAUCUUAUGUCUUUUGGAAGAAUGCUCAUGGUGUCACCUCACCUCACAUCUGUUUGCCUCUUCUUGGCUCUACGUGCACUGGGGAAAGCUAGAUUUUUGAGCAGUAUUCCACAGACUGCCUCCAGUGGUCAAUUUCUCUCCCCUGUCUCACAGCUAGCAUGCAAAUGUUUUAAUUUGAGCAAUUAACCAUACAGCUGGUGUAAAUUAUCAGAGUCCUACUGCAAUAACUGGAGCCAUUCUGACACACACCAGCCAAGGGCAUGGCACAGCUCUUCACCAGCUGUCAGAGAGAUCUGCAUCUCCUCAUUGCCACCAAGCCUUGCUCUGCUCAAUGGGAGCAUGUUCUGGGGUUAGACAAGAACUCUCUUCAAAAGCAUUGCAGUGGUUUACAAGCUGAGUAACUUGUUUUGCUCAUCCGCUAGCCUCAUCAGCAAUACAUUGGAUACAUCUCUCUGUAUAGACAGACUUUCUCCUUCUCUAAGAAGGCCCAUAAAUAACUUUAAUUUCCAUCCUUGAAACCAAGUAAAGAUAAAAACAAAACUAAACUAAAUGAACAACAACAACAACAAAAAAACAACAACAACAAAGCAAAACCCAAACCUUAUGCCCUGAGAUUAUUCCACAAAGCCCAGGCAAGGCUGAGACUGUGCAGGUCAGAGCUAUGGUUUUAUGCAGGACUUUACAAGACUGUUUUAUAUCCAACGCAAUAAAGAAUAACCAACUUAUUGUAGCAAACCUUGUGCCAGGUGCUAUCUCACAGAACCUUCUGCAUCAGACAGUCUGCCCUGUAUUCUCUCUGCCUAGGGACACUUUGCAGAAUUUUGGAAGGGAAGAUCCCCCUUUUGCCUCUUUGCAAACAAAGGCAGGUUGCAAAAGGGGAAAACUGUAUGGCUUUAAGUGUGUUUUUUUCCUUUUCCUUCUCUCUUCCUUUUUUUUUUUUUUCCUGCCCUUCCUUCCUUCCUCCCUUCCUUCUCCCCACCUCUUUCCUCUUUUUCUCUGCCCCUUUCCCUUCCUCCCUCUCUCCCAUCUCUCUUUUUCUUUUUUUCUCUUUUACUCUCCUUCUUUCUUAUGAGCUGAGGAAUAGCCUCACUGGGAACCACUUGGAUCUGCAAAACCAAAUCCCAUUGGUCUCUCCAUCAGAAUUUCCAUGCUGAUUUGAGGGACACCCAAAGGAUACCCGUUUGGAGCUCUUUCUGUUGUGCUCUCGUUCAUGUUCUUUGACUUGGUUUCUGACAAUUCUGACCUCUUCUGGAUAAUCUCUUUCCUUGCUGUCAUGUUCAAUGUCUUCCUUUGACCUUUAACAAGCCAAACUUAAACUAGGAAAAUAGGUGUUAAUUCUUUCUGCUGUCUCAUGAGCUCAUCAGUCAUUCUUUCUCACCUUCCAGCAGACGUGUCUUCUUUAUCACAGAGGAAAUGCUACUCAGAGCAAGAGACUGGUGUUGAGGAUCCCAGGAUCCUCAGCUUAGCUUUUCCUUUCGCUUGCUCUCUACUUCUUCUAUGUGUGCCUCUGUUUACCCACCCAGGUAUAAUAAUAUCUACCUCACAGGGGUGUUGUGAGGCUCUGUUCUUGAGAUCCUUGUCUGGAAGGUGGAGGAGAAAUGAUCUGGUUCAUUCAGUAUCUCAUUGGCAUUCCAUGAUCAAAUAUUUUCCUAUACCAUCAGUGUUGGCAGAAGUAAACCAUGACACAAGUUUUAUUCCUUGCUUUUAUCUAUUGUCAAGGUUUGGGCCAUUUGUAAAACCUCCACAAAGGCAAAGCUGAACAUGGCACAUGGAGGAGAUCAGCAUGAUAGGAGAAGUUCUGCUCUUGUUCUUCUUAUUCCUCCAUUGGCUGAAAAUCACACAGUUGAAAGGUUUAUUGCCCUGCUGUCCCAGCAUUCCAACAACCCCAUAAUUAAUCUGUUUGCUGCUACAAACACUUUCUGGACUGUAGAAUCUCACAGGAGACACUGAAAAUCAUGCAAGUGCACAUUUGGGCUGCAUGUUAGAUUGCCAAUACUUUUCAUGACACAGUUCAGGCUGUCCUACAGCACCAUGGCAAUGUGCACGUGGUUGAUAUUUGUAAGGGUGAGCAGAGAAAACUCAUUUACAAAUCAUUUCUUUGCUCUGCUAGGAGUUUAGUACCUUGAUGCACGUAGACAACUCUGCUUGACCAUACAUACUUCAGUCAAAGGAUUCAGGUUCUAGCAUGAAUGAUUCAUGAUAUUAUUCCCAGCAACUGGCAGAGGAAGAGAGAAAAAUGUCACUUUCCUACCUUACCCCAUAGUCAGCAGAUGCUAUUCCGUCCCCAACUCUGUCUUAACCACAAUGGAUGGCAAACAGAAUGAAAGCCGUUCUGCCAAAGUACAGGAAUUUCUGCUGCUUCCUUCAAGAAAGGACUUGUUGAGACGACCUUUUGGAUGCUGACAGAAGGAUUGGAUUGGGCUACGAAAAGGUAAUAAAUAAAUAAAUAAAUGUGCACAUAAUCCUCCCAGCGAAGGAAAAGGAGCUCACGGGAAUCAUUCUUGUUCACCAUGUGCAUCUGGUUAAGGGAAAGCAGCAGGAUGAGUUGCCUCCUUUCAUCCACACAGGUACAGGGACCUUCUUGGAGCAACUUGGAAGAGGUCCCCCUUACUAGAAAGCAGCACUCAGAGAAUUUCUGCUGCCUUUGCCUUUGAAAACAGUGCUGUUUUCUACAAUACAGACAGAGAAAGCUUUAGCUGGGAUGAAUCAUGUUUUCUGCGCUCAUGGGCUGAAUAGGAAAGAGUGGGUCCAUCCCUUAAGAAUUUUGGUGAGUUUGACGUGGAAACAUCAAGGCUAUCAGCAAACAGAAAACAAAAAUAGGCAAAACAAUGCAUGUGCUGAUUAAAACAGUUUGUAUCCUACUUUUUUUUAAUUAAUUAUCCUGCAUUUUGAAAUGAUAAGUGAAAAAACUUGAAUGAAGGUAUUAAAGAUAUCAAAGAGCCUCAAGUCACAUCCUUCAUUUCCCCAUGGCUGUGAUAUAUUUCAAGAAGUAACAUCUUGAAACUUUCAUUUCCUAAGACGUUUUAACUGUGACAUGCUGACUUCUUGAGGAGGAUGAAAACAAGUCUUCAAAACAAAUCACGUCCCCUUGACCCUUUAUCCUACAUGGCACAAACUUUACAACCUUUUCCCUCUUGGAAGUGGGAUUGGCUUCAGUGUAGGAGCCCUGUGUCUGCAGCACUGUAUGGAGCCUCACAAGUCAUUCCACUUAGAUGGGAAUGACCAGGAACACAACGCAACUUGAUCCCAUUGAGCCUACAGAGCAUCAAGGAAAGCUGGCACUGUCUUGGAUCCCACCUGCCCUUCCACUGAGCUAAUGUGGGGCUAUUCUUCCUUUCUGAGGUGAUAGAGUCUUCUACAGCCUUUCAAACCAUCAAACAAAGAGGAGCCACUCUUCUGAUUGUGCAGUUUAACUUGUUGGCAGCAAUACACCCACAGGAGCUGCUCCAGGCAUUGAGCUUUAUCUAGAGAUUGGCAGGAAGGCUCUUGUUCAUUUUAUUUUUCAUAUAACUGCAUUUAUUUUCCCCUUUUUGGUGAAACUUGAGUUGUUCCUGGAAUAUUGAGCUUUGGGAAAAGCCACCAUCGUCCACGCUCCCAUGUCCUGCCCCACACAGCAGCCUAUCCAUUGCCCCAGGAUGAUAAGCACACAGGAGAGGUUAGAGGGACCAUAACAGCCCAUGGCUAUUGCAACAAAGAAGAAAUAAGCACACUGUUGAAACUAAAGCACACAAACAAGCCUGCUCCAUGAUCCUGAUAAAAUCCGCUGCCUGGGAGUAAAUUCCCUAUGGCCUCUUCUAAGAGGUCCUGAGCCCACAUUCACAUCCCCUCCUCCCUUUCUGCUCUGCAAUUUCACAUUGAGACAUCGUCCCCUACUCUCAGGCCAGGCUCUCACUGCAGAGUUUUGCUCUGUGCAGCUCUGUAUUCACCGCAAAUGACGACGACAUCUCUGCAGAAGGCCCCCGAGUGCCAAGAUGCAUCUUUCCUGCAAAAACCCCUAGGAUACAAAGGGGAGCCCGAAAUAAUGAUUUAUGCCAGCAAACAGGUCCAGGAGUUCUGUGUUAGGUGCGGACCUUUGCUGGGGUAGCUGACAAGGUGGAUUAUACCCGCAAAUGUCCUUUGUUAGAGCUGGCCAACACGCCCAAAACGCUUUGCUUCAGAUCUGGACUCGUGCACUUGCCUCUUCCCCGUCCCAUUUCUACACUUUGGUUUCCGAGCUGUUUUUUGCACUGUCAGGAAUUUUUUAAACCGUGUUAAUUGUAGUCAGCUGCAUAAUGUUUGUUAGGCCUCUCCACCAAGCUCUUUAAAUGAAAGUCAGUGGCUGUCUUCCCUUGGACAAUAAUGAAUGUAUAUAUCGUAAGUGCAGACUAUACAGAAAAGUGGCUAAGUCAAGGAUCAGAGGGUUUUGUAAAGCCUGUUUAUUUUUUUAACUAAGUUUGAGCAUUUAUAUUUUACCACCAUUUACGUGGUUUUGGGGAACCCAGAUUGUGUCAAGAUCUCAUGCCAAAACAAGCCAAAAGUUGUUUGAUUUCAACCUUUUCUUCCAUGAACCAUAUUUUAAAUGAUACUUUAAAUGUCAUUUUAAAUGUUUUAUUGAAACAUGUACUGAUGAAAAAAAAAAUACAAAAAACAAAAAACAAAAUGUCAUCUUGACAAAAGAUUUAUACAUGAAUCAGAAAGUAUUUAUUUCAAUUUUGUACCUUUCCAUUUUAAUACAUUAUAAUGUAUUGACUCAACUGAGAUAAUAUAAACAGUUCAUUUUAAUAACA